GCGCACCUGCUGACUUUAAAGCAGCGUGUUCAACUGGGCAUUUAAUUUCAACUUCUACUCGUCCUUUACAUCGUAGUAAUACUAAACAAUUAUAAAUUAAUAUACAUCUGUAACUAACAAACACCCGUAAGAUCAGUGUACGCGAACUGAGUAUAGCGGAGGCGUCAAAAUGAUAGGAGAGGGCAUGGGGACUGGAUCUACGUGAGCUACGCAGGAGAUGACAGCGGCCGUAUGACGCUCGGUUCCGUUGGCUGUUGGGCGCAGGCACAGGUUCGGCGUAUAACCAGGAAGUAAGGAAUUGUUCACGGACGUAACGAACAACUUAUGCCUCGUUACGGUGGUCUCACGUCCGUCUCAGUGGGUUCUCCGUUUCGGAACGAGAUCGUAAUCAGUCGAAUUCGGGUGAGGGACCGCCGUGCCUGUGCAAUGUACACAGCGAUCUGAAUUGUGCACGAUACUGUCAUCGUCCCCGAGGAGUGCUCGUUUUAAACACGGCGGAGUGAAGUGAUGAGCGUUUUCGGGGAUUUCCAGCGUGUCUGGGUACAAAGAUUCCCGGACAGCGCCUUGCCGGCGGCCUGGGAAGAGAACGUCAGGGACAACCUACUCAAGCAUAAACAGAAGGUGUCUGCUCUGAGGGAAGAACUUGAAAAGGAAGAAUUAUACAUAGAAUAUUUAGAGAGAUUGUUAGCAGAUGUCGAGCGCCAUAAACAGUUGGCGAACAGUAGUGCUGCAACCACUCCGGAGAAACAAUCCUCAGACUCCCAAAAUCAGCACUCUGUUCAAACAGAGAAUAAUUUGUCUGGAUCUACGAGCACCGUGGUUCAACACGUGGAGGCAUCGGCACCGCCUCUUCCAGCUCGCGAAGACAUAAGCAAAUUUCAAGACAAAUGCCUCUCUGAAUUGAGCUCCACUCUUAAUUCAAACAAACGACCGAAAAGCGAGAUACCGAGGAGUCCUGAUAAAGUGCCUGAACUUAGAAGAAACAGUGAUCCAGACGUGACAAGCAAUUACGUAACAGUGAUCGAAGUGACCGGAACUUCAAAGAAGGAUAAAAAUGAAGAAUCUCUCAAAGAGGAGGAUGAAAAGGAUUUGGAAAACGCGGUUAACGAGGACGGGGAGGACGGUGAUGCGGAGGCAUCCGAAGAAGAACCAUACUAUGAUUCCGUAGCCUUAGAUCAGACAGGAGAAUAUGUAUAUAUCGAUUCUCGUGUUCCUCCCGUUAGUGGAGUGAACAAUAACGGUAGUAGAGCACCACCGAGGCGACCACCCUCCCUGCCAGAUUCACCGGGGAAUCAAAGCAAUUAUGUCAACAUCGAUUAUUUUAUACAACAGAGGGUUGCAAUGGACAGCGAGGACGAAGAGGGCGCGAAUCCUGCACCACCGAUUUUAUUACGUGCUCUUAGUACUGACAAUGAAACUGGUAGCAGCGAUGCAGAGCCUUUGAGUUUGAGCGAGGGUAGUUUAGAAUCACCGACGCCCACUACGCCUCGUAGGCAAGAGAAAAGCAAAGAUCGCGAGGACGAUAGAACAUCGAUGAUUAAAUGUAUCGUCAACUCCGUAGUGGAAAGUGAAACUAUUUAUGUUGAGUGUUUAAACGUAAUGUUGCAGUAUAUGAAAGCCAUCAAGGCUACGUUGACGACGUCUCAGCCUGUUAUUUCCGAGGACGAAUUCGGCACGAUGUUCUAUAAAAUUCCUGAAUUGCAUGCGCUGCAUCAAACGUUUUUGGAUGGUCUUAGAAAAAAACUCGAGAAAUGGGACAGUAAAACUACCAUUGGCGAACAGUUCAGAGUAAUGGCCAGCAAUAUAGGAUUGUACGGAGCUUUUUUACAUAAUUAUGCUCGCGCUACUGAUACCGUGCGGAGGUGUUCCGCGCAUUCCACGCAGUUCGCAGAAAUCACAAAGGACAUCCGGCUAAGAGGAUUUCCCAAAGGACCAGGAUUAUCUCUCGAAGAUCUUUUGCACAAACCAGUAGCUCGAGUACAAAAGAAUGCCUUAGUAUUGCACGAUCUUCUUAAGCAUACGCCCGUGAAUCAUGCUGAUCAUGCACCGCUGUCAGACGCUCAUGCUAUGAUCAGAAAUUUUCUAGACGAGUUCAACAUCAUUCAAACGAAAUCAAUGUUUCCGAGUCAUGAUAGAGCGCAACGAAGAUUAGUGAAGAACUCAUUCGUGGUGGAAUUGUCCGACGGUCAUAGGAAGUUGAGACAUCUUUUCCUUUUCAACGACGUGAUUGCCUGCGCUAAGUACAAAGCUUCUGGUAGAGAUAAAUUCACGUUUGAGUUGAAGUGGUACGUACCGGUGGCAGAGGCGGUGGUGACGGAAGAUGGAAUAGAACCGCGCGAGACUAGUCCGGCUAAUGUCGUAGCUCUGAGGUCACAAGCAUGUACAGUACGUGAUCAGAUUUUGUGGGAGGAACGGAACGACGAGAAACGAAUUAGACUUGGUGGUAAAGGUUCGGAAAAGAAUAGGAAGAAGCUUGCCGAGCUCGAAGCUCAAUUAGUAUUAGCGUCACCGAAUUUAGUAUUACGCGUAGCGCAUAAAAGUCAGCAGCGUGUGCAAAACUCUUACACGUUCUUUCUAUCCAGUGAAUUUGAACGGUCUCAAUGGGUUGAAGCGAUGGAGGCAUUGCAACAGGUAAUGCGUUCCCAUAUGUACGUAGAUAAGUCAAAGGGUGGACAGCCACCGGGGCCGCUACCGUUAUCGAUGUACGAGUUACAGGCUUGGGUAACAGCUUGUCGUACUUAUCUUCAAACAGAUAUGGGCAGCUAUUUAUUAAGAUCAGGACGCGAUGAAAGUUUGUUAUUAGGCGAUCUCCAUUUGACGUUACUUGGUCUGACGCCGCCAGGUUUAGAUAGAAUCGGAGAUCUUUAUAUUGUUGUGGAGGUUGACAGUUACGGACACUAUUUCAAGCGAGCAAAAAGUCGCGUCGCGAGAGGACAAGCUCCGACCUGGGGUGAAACAUUUGUGGUGGAACUGGAGGGAAGUCAAAACGUUCGAAUCUUAUUGUACGAAGAAUGCGGGUCGCGUUCUGUGCUACGAGGCAAAUGUAUACAGAGAUUGAGCAGAUCUUGGCUGCAGUCUGAUCAAGUAGAGAGAUCGUUGAAUUUGGGCCCGGCCACGUUAGACAUGGCCCUCCGCUUCGUCCCAAGUGAAGUGACGUUGAGGCGGGUACCGUCCGCUAAACCUCAAGGUUUAUUUGGAGCUAAAAUUCAACAAGUGUGCAAACGCGAAAAACGCGACGUUCCUUUUAUCAUAACAGCGUGCGUUAGAGAGGUAGAAAAGAGAGGAGUUGGAGAAGUAGGACUGUACCGCGUUUCUGGUUCGGCUUCCGAUUUAACAAAAUUACGUAAAUCGUUUGAAAGUAACUCGUACGAAGCAGAACAAUUACUUAAAGGGGUUGAUGUCCAUUCCGUGACGGGUGUGCUCAAGUUGUAUCUCCGCGAAAUGCCGGAAGCUCUCUUCACGGAUGCUCUUUACCCGGCAUUCUUGGAAGCUUUCCAGUCGGGCGAGUUAUCGAAAGGUGCUGCGUUAAGAAGAGUCUACGAGGGUUUGCCUGCUGUGAAUAAAGCGGUGAUCGACUUUCUACUCGCUCAUUUGAUACGAGUCAAUAAACACGAAGCUCAGAACAAAAUGUCACUGCACAAUUUGGCGACCGUGUUCGGACCGACGCUUCUACGCCCGGGCACGAACUCGCGAUCGGACGCGAAGAGUCGCGACCCGUUGGCCGCGGGCACCGUCGACGUGAUGGCGCAGGCCGGUAUACUUUACUGUUUCUUGCAGAUACAUAUGCAACAGAACAAUCAGUCACUCUAGUCGAGAGGUUCUUGUUGAUAAUACACAUCACGAGAUGUUACUGCUGGCUCUUCGCGGGUUCGAGAUCGCGCUUGCAACUCACGCUGUAAAAUACGAUUAACGAUUUUUUAUUAUAUAUACAUAUGCAUGUAUAUGUAUAUAUAUAUUUUAUUAGUUUUACUAUAACGCUGAACUAGACGCGUAAGUAGACACACUGGCUUUGACGAAGAAGAGAAACCCCCGAUUGAUGAAAUUUCUUUUGGAACGUUGCAAAGUGGACUUGAAAAUACAAGUACCUUGUAUUUUAAACUCCUUUAUACACAUGUAUUUUAUUCUUAUAUGUAAUUCGCGAAAUUCUAGCCACGAUCUCUUACGUGAUGAUCGCACGUAAAAAUAAAGAGAGUAGGAAAUUUUCGUACGAGAGUCGGAAGGAAGGGAAAAGAGAGAAAACUUCUCCAACGAGAAGAAGACACAAUAAACACGGAAGUCCGGUCACAGACGCAUCCACGCUUUAGAAAUUAAGUACUUUUUCCAAUGGGGCGUGUUCCUAGUAGAGAGUCUAAAUUUUUUUAUGCAUAUGUCCACGAGAAUGUCCACGUAUUCGAGAGAAUCACGUUCCUAAGCGUUUCAGAAAGCACGUUCCUCUAAGAUGCGCGAAUCAAAGCUUUUACAUAGUGUACGCAAAAUAUACUUGCUAUACAUAUAUCACUUUCUACCAAUUCAGGUUUUCUACGGGAGCCAGGUUUUUCUCGCCAAUUAUAUUCUUUAUACGGAUAUUUCGAAGGAAGAUUUGUAAGGAAUAUUAUGAAGCGAACCGAUUAAUGCUGUAAUUAAGCUCACGUUCGUUUAUCCAUGAGACAGUCGAAUUUUUACGAAAAGAGGCACUGAUGAUUUUAUUGAUUCGCUUAAAAAAUUCAAAAGGAAAAUGCUGUUUUAGAGAGAUCUUCCAAGCCUUCGACAAAUGCAAUAUUUUAUAUGUGCAAUUUUAAUGCGUCGUAUUUUUAUUGCGCAUAGACAUACGUACAUUCCUCAUCCAAUCAGGUAGACUACGUUCAGUAGUCCCUCAGCAGCUAUUUUUUAGAUUUGCCAAAAUCCAUAUAUCUCAAGUCUAAACGCAGCUUAAUUAAGCGCAUCACAUGAGAAAGUAGAUUCUGUCUCAUACUUUUAAUGGAAUACUACGAUCGACCCUUUGAAGUAUUGCAUUUUAAAUAAUUCAAAAAAGAAAAUGAUUUUACUUUCGAUUUGAAUUUCUAUAUAGUAUACAUAUAUUCUCUCACUGCCGGUUAACAAUAUUUUUCUAUAACUAAUCUCUAUAUCUUCGUAACAUAUCUCUAUAAAGAGUACUGGAAAAACGUAAAAAUAAACGAACGUAAAUUUCGACUAGAUGUAUGCUUCAAAAGGUUGAACCGAACGGAAACAUUUGGCAGUACAAAUUUAAUACUCGUUAGAAUCCCGCAUCACGCUAUGGACAUUUUGCGAGCUACUAAUACCGUGUAUUACCAAGGUCGACAGACAAGUCUGACAAGUGUUCGAUAAAAAGUGGAGCCGCGCAUAAGAGACGGCAAAAACGUAAACGAAAGAGAACGAGAGAAGAAAUUGCAAAAUGAAAAUCUACAUACAGAAGAAAUAAUGAUCACGCCAAGGUACUUUCCCGGAAGUGUUCUUCGCGCUUUAACAGAGCGGACAAGGCUAUUAAAUUAAUCGUAUGCAUGAUUUCAGCGUGUGUGUGUGUGUAUAUGUAUGUAUGUAUGUAUGUAUGUAUGUAUGUAUGUGUGUAUAACCCGCCCAUGUGUAUUAUAUCGUAAAUAAUUGGAUAUCUUUAAUUUUUAUAUCGCAUUUAGCGUUAAGACGCAUCCCUAUUUUGUACAUUCGUAAAAUGUGUAAAAACAAAGUUUCCGCGAUUGCGACUUCUUCUUCUUAUUAUUAUUAUUACAACUAUAAUUAUUUUUAUUAUUCCACACUUUACAAGUACCGAUUUUGUCAUAGAACCAAGUAUUUGUUAACGUACAUUCGAUUAGGCUAAGCUUACCCGCAGCAAAAUGAUGUACUGCCAAAAGAAGGAACCCUUCAAGUGUAUAAAUAUACUGAAAGUUUAUAAACUUUUCA